ACCGUUCAACAACCCCAGGAGUUCAGGUUAGACUUGCUCAACUGCAGCCAUGAAAUUCUCCCUCGUCGCCGCUCUUGUUGUAGUACUGGCCGUUGUCCACGGCUCUGAGGCCAAAUCACUGCUGAAGCAGGACAUCCAGUCCGAGGUGGACAAGGUGACCAAGCUGAUCAGAGACAUGUCUGCCAGCAUCACUGCUGCAACCCAGGACAUGGUGGAGAAGGUGAAGGUUCUUGAGUUGACCAACACUGCACAGACUUACGUGGAGGACAGCAGGACCAAGAUCCAGCCCCUGGUGGACAAAGUCCAGGCUGAAGCCGCCAAGCUGCAGGAGCAGGUCAAGCCCUACAUCGCCAACAUUGAGGAUCAGAUGAAGCCUCUGACUGAUAACUUCAACGCCCAGGUCAAGCCUCUGACUGACGACUUCUACGCCCAGGUGCAGCCUCUGACCACUUUGAUGGAAAAGUUCUUCCAGCAGGUGAUGGAUCAGACCAAGGCCCUGCUCCCCCCUCAGUAAAGCCUUCCCUUGGUUCGCUCCAGCUCCACCGUGACAUCUGAGGAGAAGGUUCUAGCUGCAGCGGCAGCCACUCAGGAAAACACGUCCACUCUCUGUGACCCCAACUUUUACACCCAGUCUCUUCUGUGACCCAAUGGGCAUCAAGUGGGCGUGUCUUGCCAUGGGUGUGUUUUCCUAAGAGGCUUCAAGUUGGACAUAAAACAUGAGUACCUGAAGGCUGCAGUGCUCAUGUGUCGCCUCCACUCGUGUUUGUCUUUCGCACUCCUUCAUCUUUACAACAUCUGAGAUGUGAUGAUUUAAUGUCAUUAAAGGGGUUUGAACGUU